CGGGGGUUCUGUGGUCUGCCCGGGGGACGGCCCGGGACCGGGGCUGGGCGCUGGCGACUGCGGGCCCCGCGGCAGCGCGGGGGCGCGGGGACAGCCCGGCGCCUCCUGGCGCUGGGCGGCGGGGCUGGGGGUCCCGGAUGGGAAGACAAUUUUCCGGCCCCCCCGCCCCACUUCCGGGGCCGCCACUUUCACUUUCUCUUCCGCCGAAGGUGCUCCCCCCUGCCGAGUGACAGGCGCCUCCGGGAGCGCUGGGGUGGCCUGGAGGUAGCACUUCCACGAAACCACAGACCCCCUCUGGGGGGAUGGGCCCAAACAGGCCAGAUGGACGAGAAGACCAAGAAAGCAGAGGAGAUGGCCCUGAGCCUCGCCAGGGCAGUGGCUGGUGGAGAUGAACAGGCGGCUAGGAAGUGUGCCAUCUGGCUGGCAGAGCAACGGGUGCCCCUGAGAGUGCAGUUGAAGCCUGAGGUCCCCCCGACACAGGACAUCAGGCUGUGCGUGAGCGUGGAGGACGCCCAGAUGCACACCGUUACCAUCUGGCUCACCGUGCGCCCCGACAUGACCGUGGCCUCCCUCAAGGACAUGGUAUUCCUGGACUAUGGCUUCCCACCGAUAUUGCAGCAGUGGGUAAUUGGGCAGCGAUUGGCACGAGACCAGGAGACCCUCCACUCCCAUGGCGUGCGGCGGAAUGGGGACAGUGCCUAUCUCUACCUGCUGUCAGCCUGCAACACCUCACUUAACCCUCGGGAGCUGCAGCGUGAGCGGCAGCUGCGGAUGCUGGAAGAUCUGGGCUUCAAGGAUCUCACCCUGCAGCCAAGGGGCCCCCUGGAGCCAGACCCUCCCAAAACCGGGGCCCCCCAGGAGCCUGACCAGCAGCCAGAUGCAGUGCCCGAGCCCCCACCGGUGGGCUGGCAGUGCCCUGGCUGCACCUUCAUCAACAAGCCCACGCGGCCUGGCUGUGAGAUGUGCUGCCAGGCGCGGCCGGAGAACUACCAGGUGCCCACCUCUUACCAGCCGGACGAGGAGGAGCGAGCGCGCCUGGCCGGCGAGGAGGAGGCGCUGCGCCAGUACCAGCAGCGGAAGCAGCAGCAGCAGGAAGGGAACUACCUGCAGCACGUGCAGCUGGAGCAGCGGAGCCUGGUGCUGAACGCCGAGCCCGCUGAGUGCCCCGUGUGCUACUCGGUGCUGGCGCCCGGCGAGGCGGUGGUGCUGCGCGAGUGCCUGCACACCUUCUGCAGGGAGUGCCUGCAGGGCACCAUCCGCAACAGCCAGGAGGCGGAGGUCUCCUGCCCCUUCAUUGACAGCACCUACUCGUGCCCGGGCAAGCUGCUGGAGAGGGAGAUCCGGGCGCUCCUGAGCCCGGAGGAUUACCAGCGGUUUCUGGACCUGAGCGUCUCCAUCGCCGAGAACCGCAGCGCCUUCAGCUACCACUGCAAGACGCCUGACUGCAAGGGCUGGUGCUUCUUUGAGGAUGACGUAAACGAGUUCACCUGCCCUGUGUGUUUCCACGUCAACUGCCUGCUCUGCAAGGCCAUCCACGAGCACAUGAACUGCAGGGAGUACCAGGACGACCUGGCCCUGCGGGCUCAGAAUGACGUGGCAGCCCGGCAGACAACGGAGAUGCUGCGGGUGCUGCUGCAGCAGGGCGAGGCCAUGCACUGCCCGCAGUGCCAGAUUGUGGUGCAGAAGAAGGAUGGCUGCGACUGGAUCCGCUGCACCGUCUGCCACACUGAGAUCUGCUGGGUCACCAAGGGCCCGCGGUGGGGCCCUGGGGGCCCAGGAGACACCAGUGGGGGCUGCCGCUGCCGGGUGAACGGGCUUCCUUGCCACCCAAGCUGUCAGAACUGCCACUGAACCGAAGAUGUCGGGUCCCCAUGCUGACCCAGCCCCACAUCUGCAGGCAGAUUCAGGCAGGGCUGGGCCUGGCAAUUUGGCUCUGAUUUCUGUCCUGAGGGUCUUGUGCUUUUGGCCCAGGCAAAGGCCUUGUAGAGGUGGCCUGUUUGCGACAGGUGGUGCAGAGGCCCCACCUGGGCCAGCUGUUCGGUCACCUCUGCCCUGUGCCUUUAUCCUUCUUCCUGUGGGCUUGUGCAGGACCUCUCACCUCUUCUCUGCAGUCCUCCUCUGUCUAAUGCCAACUUAAACACAGCCACCGGCCCGAGGCCUUGCUGGAAGGCGCUCUGUGAGCCUCCGUGGGACCCCACACUCCUUUUCCUGCCCUUACCUGCAGGACACCAGCUAGUCACAGUUCGCCCCUCUGUGCUGGCUUUCUGGGGUGAAUUUGCUCUCUUUGCUGUCAGAGGCUUGGAGCCUCUUAGAGCUGCUGUGAAUAUGUUUGGAGCAGGCGGGAGACAGGCAGGUGACACGGGUCUGACCGUGGAUCUCCCUUGUUGCCUGUGUAAGCAAAUUAAAAUGGUUUUCCAGGAAGGGAUGCGUGUGAGGUCUUUGAAAGGGAGUGUUAUGGGCCAGGACUCUACACAGGCAGGAUCGCUGAGACCUCUGGGAAUGGCAUCAAGAAGGUAAUCUGUCAGCCCUUUUCAGUGGUAAGAUGAGGCUGUGACUUAGCUCUGGGACCCCUGUACCGGACUUGGCUUCCCUGUGCCCAAGGACACAAUGGGCCAGUGUUAGCUCAGAUGGGUGGAGUCUGCAGUGUGCUGAGUCUGCAGAGAAGGGCUUAGGGGAGCCUGAGGCUGUGCUGUAGGCCUGGUUGGGAAGUCUUGCUGUUUACCUUAACCUCUCAGUGGGUGUACAGCGGUGGGGAGUAGAGGUAUUUAGGGAACAGAUAAAGUUGUGAUUGAGGGGUAAGGUUGUCUAUUCUAAUUUUAUUUUUUGGUACUGAGGAUUUUAGUCCAGGGGCACUUUGCCACUGAACCUCAUCCCCAGUUGCUGAGGUUGACCUCAAACUUGGUAUCCUCCUGCUUCAGCCUCCUGAGUGGCUGGGCUGAUAGGCAUGUGCCACUGUGCCCAGUUGUCUAUCCUAAUUUUAACAUCUCAGGCAAGAUGGCUAAGUACUGAUGCAGCAGUAUUCAUUAGUGUCCCUCUGCUGGCCAGGUUAAGGAAGCAGGGUCUGGGAGUGUCCAUUCUGUGCAUUGCUCCUCAAUCUGUGUCCCAUGCCCUAUUGAGAUCUGGUAGUUGAUACCCAAAGCAGAGACUGUACCACAAAUGUGACCAUGAGGGCAGGCUGGGGUGCCUCUGCUGCUCAAGCUCAACUCCAGACUUCAGAUGCUGGGGCGUGUGGAUGUCCCUGAAAAGGCACUGCCACCCUGUCUGGAUGCCCAGACCAAAAAGUUGACCCCUGGCCCAAUGAACAGACAAUAGAGAAUGUGGUGGGUCAAAGGCCCUGGGCUUGCUGUGUGGGUGCAGGGCACUGGGUGUGGCUGAUGGCGGGCAGUGGGUAGCCUCCCCAGUCCUGGGGCAGGACCAGGCAGAGCUGGCUCUAGCCCAGCCUGCAGGUGCCCUUUCAGGCUGCUGUGACACCUCUCCAUAGCCCCACAGCCCCUGCCUCUUGGCCAGCUGUUGUCCUGCCCUGCCUGCUCCCGGGGCCUUGCACAUGGUGUGGGGUUUCCGUCUGGAGUUAGCAUCCGGCCCCGCAGUUAAAGGGCUCAGUCCAGAGGCUGCCUGCACUUCAGAUGCCGGCAGACGGGGUGUCUGAUGCCCACACUUCUGCCUGGCCAGGUGCAAACUUGGGGAUUCCAUGACUUCACUCCCUUGGGCUUUAUAACGUCACGGGGCAGCACUGGACUUAAGUUUACCAAAGUACCUGCAGGAUCAGCUAGUGAGGAGGUGACCAGGACGAGGUGCACCAUGAGCCCCGCACAGCCCCGCACUCACCAGCCUGGCCGCUCACAGCUCAUUUGGUUUUUCGUAGAACUCUCCCCACCCCUAGGUCAAUCUACUUGGUGUUUCUGGUGACCAGCCCUAUCCUGAGACUAUUUAAGGGUCUCACUUUAAGUCACCUGGUUAGCAUAAUUAAGGUGACAUCAUUAAAAAUGACCAAGGACAUUCCUAGCUCUUGGAAUAUAAGAAGGUACUCUUGUAUUGUCCACUCCUUGGCAAGUCCAAGGGUCGCAGGAACCCUGGGUCAGGAACCUGGGACAAAGACCAAGUAACUCUUCUGACACCACACAUGCCCUUCCUUCAACUCUCCAGUUAUCGAAAUUCUACUGAGUCAGGCAUGGAGGCUGAGGCAGGAGGAUUGUAGUUUGAGGUCCUGUCCCCAAAAGUAAGACGAGCUGGGGGUGUAGCUCAAAGGCAGUCUGGGAGGGCAUGGAUGAAGGACAGACGUAAUUAGUAACCACAUAUGGUUGUUUAUUUCAUACAGGGCUCUCUGUACAAAAUAUUUACAUAUAUUCUUUACAGAAUAAAUAAGUCACCUGAAGGUAAAUAGAUAAUGCUUUCUCCUCAAGGGUAAGGGAGAAUCCUGGUGUGAGCAGAGCUGUAGCACAAACUUCCUGAGGCCACAGUGCAGGCAAACAUCACCUGCUUCCUGGGAUCCGGAGUAGUGGCCUUGGGUGGUCCGCAGCUCCUCUACCUCUUGCCAUCUUUGGAUUUACAAGCAGGCUUGAGUGCUUGUGGUUAGAGGCACAGAGGCUGUUGCCAUUUGCAAAGAUGACAAGAGGACAAACUUGGCACGGGAGAGGAUGGAGUAUUUGCCAUCUUGUCGCCUCUGGAUCCUGGAAGAAUUUUUGUUUGUCCUAAUGAACCCACCACUCUCCAGAUUAAUCCCCAUGUGGCUCCUGCCGUGAGUGACCCCCAUACUUUGAGACAUUUUGGGUUUAAAGUGCUCAGCAUCACUCAGAACCCUCUCCAGCAUGCUGACCGCCCCCACUGCAUGCAGUGGGCGUGUAGGGAGGGUGGAGUGCUUCUGGCAUGUUCGCUAACGAAAUCACCAGCCAAGAGAGACCAGGAAAAUAAAAGUACACAGCUGCUUCACACAACAUACUCCAAUUUUUAAAGCAGCAAAA